AUGGUCGGCCUCCGCGAAUCAGCUGCUCUCCGCAGCGGCGCCCAUCCCGAUGGCCGCCCGCUAGAUCCCCGCGAGCGCGAGGCUCUCCUCAAGCCGUACCUACCGUCCAGCGCGAACCAGCCCUCGCCCGCCCGCCGUCCGUCGCAGAAAGGCCAGCGCAAGAAGCCUAUGCGCCAAUUCCUCCGCCAGCAGCUCUACCUCAUCACCUACCUCACCAUCCAAGCCAUCUUUUCGCUCUACGUCCGCCUACGAACCGCCUACCAUGCCGUCGGCGACCGCCUAUGGGCCCUCAUGUACUACCACCACCGCGCACCCGAGCUUAUACAGAAGGACACCAAGCACCUCAGCAAGCUGCCCCAGCACCUGAGCAUCGUCCUGGACUUCAACGACGACGAGCAGCGCGGAGCAGGCCUUGAGGGCUUGGUGAAUGAUAUCAGCGAAGUUGCUGCAUGGUGCGCCAGUGCCGGCAUUCCCGCGCUGAGCGUCUACGAGAAGACCGGCAUCCUUAAGAACUAUCUUCCUGCCACCCACCGUGCAAUUUCUCAAAGAUUGGAGUCCUACUUUGGCGCUGAGAAGAAGCCCACUCUCUCCCUCCGUGCUCCGAACCUUCCGUCCUUCAGCCCCCCUGGCACGCCUCCCGAGCCCGCCGCCGCGUCGUCUCAUGAUGCCAACGGCCGUGCUCCUCUCUCCCACCUGACGAUCCUCCUGCUCAGCGCCGAUGACGGACGCAGUACACUUGUCGAUCUGACGAAGACGCUGACAGAAAUGUCGCAGCGUAACAAGCUUGCGCCGUCUGAUAUUUCCAUGGAGCUGAUUGAUGCCGAGAUUACCGAGAGUGUUAUGGGGGAGCCUGAUCUACUGAUCCUGUUUGGCCCGAGAGUCGAGCUCAAGGGAUAUCCGCCGUGGCAAGUCCGAUUGACAGAGAUCUACCAUACUCCGGAUACCUCGAGCGUCAGCUACCAGACCUUCCUACGCGGCUUGCACAAGUUUGCAAAGGCUCAGAUGCGGUUUGGUAGGUAG